CGAGCCCGCGCCUCCUUGCUCGCUCCGCGCCUUCAUUCGAGUCAGCACGUUCGAGCGAACGGCGCGCGCUCGCGGACGCCCCCGCCUUUCGGAUACGUUCCAAAAUUAAAUUUUAAGAAAAAGAAAAUUGUGUUUUGUUUUUUUAGAACGUGACAGUGAACGAAUGAUUAUUUUUAUUGAUUUGGUGUUGACUUUUUAAAUCAUAUCCGAGGACAACAUGGGAGCGAUUCGAACGCUCUGGCGUGGUCUGCUGCUGGCAUGCUGCGUGUUGGCCGCUCAGACCACUGCACAGAACAGGGCGGACCUGGAGAGCAGCGCCGUGCCCAGUGACUUAAGGCGCGUUGCCAGUGAGGCCAUCGCCUUGGAGAGGCGCUUCCUGCUGGGUGCUAGCGAUGCACACAACUGCUCAAGCGUAGAAGAGGAGGAGCGGAGCACCCCGUGCCCCCCGAGCAAGUACCGGAGCGCCAGCGGGGAGUGCAACAACGUGCGCCACCGGCCCUGGGGCCGCCGCGGCGACGUGUUUCUCAGACUACUGCCGCCCAACUACGCUGACGGCGUGGCCCAACCCCUCUCCACCCCCCGUCUGCCGGAGCCCUCCCUGGCGGUGCGGGCGGCGGCGCAGCUGACCGCGCCGGCGGACCACGACUACGUCACCAGUAUGUUGGCAGCCUGGGGACACUUCGUCGUGGAUGACCUCGUGGGGACUGCUAAUGGGAAUAAGGAAUGUCAGGGUCCAGAGUGCGACUAUUACAGAUCUGCCCCAGCAAGAAACAUUGACUCUUGCAGGUUUGAGCACCGCGAGCAGAUGAACCUGGCGACGUCGUUCCUGGACGGGUCCGCGCUGUACGGCAGCUCCGAGAAGGAACUGCGCUCGCUGAGGCUGUACGACGCGGGGAAACUUGACCUGGAGUCUUGUCACAAAUGCAAAGACGGUUCGCCCAGCGCCCCGCUCUACAAAGUGCUCCUACUGGAACACAACCGUAUAGCCGGGGAACUGUACUCUAUGAACCCAUUCUGGGACGACACCACUCUGUUCCUGGAGGCAAGAAGGGCUAUUGCUGCAGUCAUCCAACACAUCACUUACAACGAGUUUUUGACCGUACUUUUGGGAGAGGUCGGCAUGGCGAAGGCGGAGCUCAAGCUGCAGUCGCUCGGCUUCUGGCGCGGCUACUCCAGCAACAACCGCGCCGGCACCUACGCCGAGCUGGUAGCCGUCGCGCCCAUCUUCAAAGCCAUGAUCAAUGAGAAACUGCAAAACAAAACCAUCACCCUCCAAGACCUAGUCCAAACAGUCGCGCACGGAGUCUCCCGAUUCCCACCAUCAUCAGCGUUCGACAUCCAGCGCUCCAGGGACCACGGGGUGCCCUCCUACCUGAGGAUGCUGCGCCUGUGUGAACCCACGUCUGGAGUGAAGAGUUACGGAGACUUUGAUAAACUGGGCUUCGAUAGAACGCAGCAGGAGAUGAUGGCUGAUAUGUACAGGAACGCAGAAGACGUAGAGCUGAUGAUCGGUGGAGCCCUAGAGAAGGCGGCGACGGGCGCCGUGGUGGGGCCCACGUUGGCUUGUGUGUUGGCGCUGCAGUUCGCUAACUUGAAGAAAAGUGACCGAUUCUGGUACGAGAACGACAUCCCGCCCUCCUCGUUCUCCCCGGAGCAGCUGGCCGCGCUGCGCCGGGUGUCGCUGGCCGGGCUGCUGUGCGCUGCUGAUGACAGCGUCACUGACAUACAGCCGAGGGCCUUCGUCAAAGAAGACCCUUACUUGAACGCAGCCCAGCAAUGCCCCCAACACGCGCGUCUAGAACUCUCCGCGUGGAAGGACGAGACCGGCGCGCGCGCGGCCGAGCGGCUGUCGCAGGACAUGCUGGCCGCAGCCCUGGAGAAGGCCAAGCAGGAGAUGGCGGAUAGGAAGAGGAUGGAGUACAUGAUGUGGGAAGCUCGCGGAGGAGCGGAUCCCAAGUCCCCAGUCGGUACAGCGGCCUCUUUCUCAAAGGCUAACAAAUACGCCCUCAAGCUGGCCAACACGUCACUAUACCUCGAGUUUGCGACCAACGAGCUUCUGAACACUAUCAACAAUGGCCACCGCCGCAAGCGUCAAAUCUUCGGAGGUGACAACCUAGGCUUCGGGACCAACAAUGACUUCGUCGACGCACUACAACAAGUGGACAUCAGCGGCUUCGUAGGCCAAGACCAGCAGGGACCCACGAUAGAACCUCAGUGUGACGACAACGGGCCUUGUGAUGCCGACAACCCGUUCCGGUCCUACACUGGAUACUGUAACAACCUAAGGAACCCUAAUUUGGGCAAGGGUCUGACGACGUUCGCAAGAUUGUUGCCGCCCGUUUAUGAGGAUGGUGUGAGCCGCCCCCGCAUCAACUCCGUGACCGGGGCUCCGCUGGCGUCCCCUCGAGUCAUCUCCACGGUGAUCCACCCCGACAUCUCCAACCUGCACACUCGCUACACGCUCAUGGUCAUGCAGUUUGCGCAGUUUGUGGACCACGAGCUCACGAUGACGCCUAUUCAUAAAGGUUUCCACGAAUCUAUCCCUGACUGUCGAUCCUGCGACUCGCCGCGCACGGUACAUCCGGAAUGCAACCCGUUUCCGGUUCCGAGAGGUGACCACUACUACCCGGAGGUCAACGUCACUUCCGGCGAGCGGCUCUGCUUCCCAUUCAUGAGAAGUCUGCCUGGACAACAACAGUUGGGCCCCAGAGAGCAAGUGAACCAGAACACAGCCUUCAUCGACGCGUCCGUCAUCUACGGAGAGAACCCGUGCAUCGUGCGCAAGCUGCGAGGCUUCAACGGACGACUGAACGCGACUAUUCACCCGCUUGGAGGAAGAGAUUUGUUGCCGAGGUCCGACAGCCAUCCCGAGUGUAAAGCACCGUCUGGGUACUGUUUUAUUGCUGGCGACGGGCGAGCCUCAGAACAGCCAGGCCUGACCGCUAUCCACACGAUCUGGCUGCGCGAACACAACCGCGUCGUCGAAGGCCUCCGCGGCGUCAACCCGCACUGGGACGCCGAGCUGCUGUUCGAACAUACAAGACGGAUUGUGGCGGCCGAGUUCACGCACACGAUCUACAAUGAGUUCCUGCCGCGAUUGCUGUCGUGGAACGCUGUCAACUUGUAUGGAUUGAAGCUGUUGCCGUCAGGCUACUACAAAGAGUACUCCCCCACUUGCAACCCAUCAAUCGUGACCGAGUUCGCGGCGGCGGCCUUCCGCUUCGGGCACUCGCUGCUGCGGCCGCACCUGCCUCGUCUGUCACCCACAUACCAGCCCGUGGAGCCGCCGAUCCUGCUGAGGGACGGGUUCUUCAGGCCUGACAUGUUCAUGACUCACCCAGCAAUGGUAGACGAGCUGAUGCGUGGACUCUCAUCAACUCCAAUGGAAACCUUGGACCAGUUCAUCACGGGAGAAGUGACCAACCAUCUGUUCGAGGACCGUCGCAUACCGUUCUCUGGUAUCGACCUCAUUGCCCUGAAUAUACAGAGAGCUAGAGACCACGGGAUCCCCAGCUACAAUAACUACAGAGCGCUGUGUAAUCUGAAGAGGGCUUCUACGUUUGAAGACUUGGCGAGGGAGAUUCCUGAUGAAGUUAUUGCUAGACUGAAGCGCAUCUACCCCACCGUGGACGACAUCGACCUGUUCCCGGGCGGCAUGAGCGAGCGGCCGCUGCAGGGCGGGCUGGUGGGGCCCACCUUCGCCUGCAUCAUCGCCAUACAGUUCCGCCAGUUGAGGAAGUGCGACCGGUUCUGGUACGAGAACGACAACAACGCGGCUAGGUUCACGGAGCAGCAGCUGAGCGAGAUCCGCAAGGUGACGCUGUCCAAGAUCAUGUGCGACAACUUCGACGUGGCGAGUGAUGUCCAGCGAGCCGCCUUCGACCUGCCUAGCAACUUCUUAAACCCCCGCGUCCCGUGCUCAUCGCUGCCCAAGCUGGACCUGUCUGCGUGGCGCGAGAGCUCGGCGCAGGGCUGCCUCAUCGCCGGCCGGAACGUCGCAGUGGGAGACUCCGCCUUCCCCUCGCCCUGCACCUCGUGUAUAUGUACUGCUGAGGGCGCGCAAUGCGCGUCGCUCCGCAUCACCGACUGCGCGCAACUGCUGCGCGAGUGGCCGCGCGAGGCAGUGCUGAGAGACGACGUGUGCACGGCCCAGUGCGGCGCCGCGGCCCCGGACCGGCCGCGGCAGGCGCGCCGCCCGCCCCUCAACUUCAAGUUCCCGGACCUGUCGCCUUUCAUCGCCAAGUGAAUGUGUGUUGCUGGGUAGAGCGGUUGGUUUUGCGUGCUCGUUUUGGUGGCAUAGAGUAAAGAAGGUCUGAUU